AUGUCUGAAUUCCAGGCCCCGACCGGGCCGCCACCUCCCAAGGUGCCUGAUGGCUGGGUGGCCCGCUGGAACGACCAGUACAAGGAGUGGUUCUAUGUGAACACGUACACCAAACAGUCCCAAUGGGACCGGCCGACGGCGCCGGCCCUCGUGCCCGGUGGAGACGCUCCCCAGGGACCUCCGCCGAGCUACUCGCCCAGACCGGGUUCGAACACCGGCGACGCCAAGAAGAAUCCUUACGGUGGCGACGGAGGCCGCCAGGGCUCGUGCAGCCCUUGCCACCACCACGAGUCCGACGAUGAGCGCUAUGCGCGGCGCCUGCAGGAGGAAGAAAAUGCGCGAGCUCGCGCUGGUGGUGCCGGCAGUGUCGGUGGUGGUGCGGCGGCCUCGUAUCUGAACUCGCCGCCGGCGCCGGCCAUUCCGGCCCGGCCUGUGAGCAGCGGUCCCGGAUCAGCAGCUGCUGGAGCAGCCGUUGGCGGAGCCGCCGGAGCAGCUGCCGGUGCUGCCGGCUCGCGCGGUCUCCUCGGCAAGAUCUUUGGCGGCAGCAAGAAGCCACAGUACGGCGGUGGCGGUGGCGGCUAUCCCGGCCAGGGCUACGGACCACAGGGCGGCGGCUAUGGCGGCGGGGCUCCCCAGCAGGGCUACGGCCAGCCGGCAUACGGCCAGCAGGGCUAUGGCCAACCGGCAUACGGUCAGCAGGGCGGCUACGGCCAGCCGGCGUAUGGCCAGCCGGCGUAUGGGCAGCAGGGCGGCUACGGUCAGCCGGCAUAUGGGCCGCCGGGCGGCUAUGGCCAGCCCGCCUACGGCCAGCAGGGCGGCGGCGGAUACUACCAGCAGCAGCAGCAGCAGCAGCCGCCGCGGAAGUCAGGCAUGAGCACGGGCGCGGCAGCGGCGCUCGGCGUUGGCGGCGGCCUGCUGGGCGGCGUGCUGCUGGGCGAAGCGCUGGACGGCGGUGACGGCGGUGGCGAUGGUGGCGGUGACGGCGGCGACUGGGGUGGCGGUGGCGGCGAUGGCGGUGACUGGGGCGGUGGAGGCGAUGGCGGCGGCGACUGGGGAGGCGAUGGCGGUGGCGACUUUUAG